AUGGCUUUGGUUAUGGAACCUAUAAGUAAAUGGACACCAAAGCAAGUGCUGGACUGGAUGAAAGGUCUGGAUGACUGUCUCCAGCAGUACGUGAAGAGUUUCGAGCGGGAGCAGAUGGGGGGAGAGCAGCUGCUACACAUCACCCAUCAGGAGCUGGAGGAGCUAGGUGUCACUAGAAUAGGACAUCAGGAGCUCAUCCUGGAAGCUGUCGACCUCCUCUGUGCCCUGAACUACGGCCUAGAGACAGAGAACCUGCGGACUCUGUCCCACAAACUGAACGCUUCGGCAAAGAACCUUCAGAAUUUCAUCCUGGGCCGGCGGAGGGGCGGCCAUUAUGACGGACGAGCUUCUCGGAGGCUACCCAAUGAUUUCCUCACCUCAGUUGUGGAUCUCAUUGGUGCAGCCAAAAACCUUCUGGCCUGGCUUGACAGGUCUCCAUUUGCCAGUGUGACCGAGUAUUCAUUACUGAAGAACAACAUUGUGCAGCUCUGCCUAGAAUUAACCACCAUUGUACAACAGGACUGCACUGUGUACGAGACAGAGAAUAAGAUUCUCCACGUGUGUAAGACCUUAGCAGGGAUAUGCGACCACAUCAUCUCUCUGUCGUCAGACUCUCUGGUCUCUCAAUCUGCCCAUCUGGAGGUGGUCCACCUCACCAGCAUCAUGCCCAGUGAAGGCCUGGGGAUGUAUAUCAAAUCGACGUAUGAUGGACUCCACGUCAUCACUGGAACCACAGAAAACUCUCCAGCAGAUCAGUGUAAGAAGAUCCACGCAGGUGACGAGGUGAUCCAAGUCAACCACCAGACAGUGGUCGGCUGGCAGCUGAAGAACCUGGUCAACGCUUUGAGAGAGGACCCGUGCGGAGUCAUCCUCACAUUGAAGAAAAGACCCCAAAACACCCUGAGCUCCACGCCGGCUCUGCUCAGGAACGUCCGCUGGAAACCACUGGGCCUGCAGCCGAUACCCACCAGCCCCACCAGCACCUCUCCUACACCCGUCGGAACUUUGGGAAUGUCCAAAAUGGAUGCCCCGAGCAUGCAGGAUGUCUAUAUCCUUUCUCCUGUUUCUGGACUCUACAGCACCAGGGAGGAGAUGGGUCUGAUGUCAUGCGACGACAUCAGCCGGUACAGCGUGAGCUCCCAGUCGGGCUCCAAAGGUUCAGAGGCGGUUAGCUACUACCUGGAUCAGGACAGCGGUCAGUACUUCUCUCUGCUGGAGGGAGACGGACCUCCAGGGUCUGACUACGACAGGGGCCGCAAUACAGGGGUUCGCCGGCGGGACAAGACCCCCACUCAUGGUGACCUCAGACCUGUUUCCAUGCCUCCCGAAUAUAACUGGAUGGCCGAGGCCAAGGAACCAAGCAUGGGCAAGAGAGGGAGCCGAGAUUCAGACAACUCCCUGCUGCGUUACCUCAGCGACGACAAGAUCCUGGUGAUCGAGGAGGAGCCCGAGGGUCCGGGGAGGGAAAGCCGGCGGGAUUCCACCAGACGCUCUCGGCGCAAGAGCCGCAAUCCCAGCAGCCCUAGCUUUCCCAUCAGCCCCUCUAUGCUGUCCUCCACACUGCGCCUAGACCAGCCACCCGAUGCUUUGCCUCGGGGUUCGGACACACUGCGAGCAGACACAACAGACAGGUACUCAGGCUCAGGAAGCUCAGGAGCGGCCUCCAUGAGGAAGGCUUUCCAUUACACCUCUCUAAGAACGAAACCCAAAAAGAGAAGUAAAGGUUCCCUCACUAGUGCCAGUCGAAGGAGAAUCUCCUGUAAGGACUUGGGCCACGGUGACUGUGAGGGAUGGUUGUGGAAGAAGAAGGAUGCAAAAGGAUACUUUACACAGAAAUGGAGGAAGUACUGGUUCAUCCUCAAAGAGUCUUGUCUCUACUGGUACACCAACCAGAAUGAUGAGAAAGCUGAGGGCUUCAUCAGCCUCCCUGAGUUCAGAAUAGACCGAGCCAUAGAGUGCAGACGGAAAUUUGCCUUCAAAGCCUGUCAUCCCAAAAUCAAGAGCUUCUUCUUCGCCACAGAUUGUCUUGAGGAAAUGAAUAGGUGGAUGAACCGGCUUGGGUUGGCUGCUAUUGGCUACACACCAGAUGACAAAGUGCCACGCCCUGAUGAAGACUACUGGAGUGAGAGUGAUCAAGACGAGGUCGAUGGUUCGAUGACACUCAAGCAGGAGGGACCCUCAUCUCUCUGCGAUACUUAUCACCGCACACCAUCAUCCAACUUCCUUCACAGUUAUGACCAGUUGCCCCGCUCAGUCAGCUCCAUGAGCCUCAUGCGCUCCACUCCAUCCCCACUCCCUCCACCAAUGAGUGCCUCCACUUCCCCCAUCCCUCCACAGAUGGUCUCUUCCACGUCCCCUCUCCCUCCCCAGGUCAAUUCUUCUAGCCCCUUCCCAGAGCCAAAGCACGGACGACAUUUCUCCAGCGAAUCCACACACUCCCACUCCUCGGCCGAGGACCAGCGUGGAGACGGCAUGGGCAUGGGCACAGGCACAGGGAGCACCAGUACCCACUCAUCCGGUUGCCGCUCUUCCCAUCGUGAACGACGCUCCUGGCAGGACCUGAUUGAAACCCCUCUGACCAGCGCGGGGCUGCACUUCCUCCAGACAGCGCCAGGGGAAAGUGAUUAUGGCCUAAUGGGGAGCAUGGCCGGAGACAUGGGGCUUUACGGAGGGAUGGGCAGACAGGGCAUGUCCCCGGAGAGACGUAGGCAGGCCACGCUGCCCGUACGGAGACACCACGCCGCAGAGAGGGACAGGGAACGGGACGGGCCCUUCCCUCUAGAGCGAGGCCCACACUCACACAGCCACACACACCGACGCUCACACAAGCAACGCAGCCAGAGUCUGCCCAGGAACAGAGACCCGAAGCCGGGAAAGCUGUUACACACCUCAGCUCAUAUGGAGGAGAGGAGUGAAGACGAGGAGGCGGAGGGGCAGGCUGCAGAUAUGCUCGAGGGUGAGGAGGACCUGCGGGAGUUGAGAGUUGAGAGCAGAGAGAGGAGGGUGUCUGAGGGACGGGAGCGGAGAGUGUCGGAAGGCCGUGAGCCGGAGACGUUGGACGGGCUAGAGCAGUUGUACCGGGCCCUGGAGCAAGCCAACGUGACAGCCCUAGGAGACCCAAAACCCUGUAGCAGGCAGGAGCUUCGGCGUUGUUUCACUCAGAGAGCCAGAGACCCCCUGCUAAAUGACAGGCUGCACCGAGUCCGAGCCCUCCGCAGCACCUUGAAGGCCAAAGAGUCGGAGCUGUCAGUAAUCUGUGCCCUCCUGGAGGAACCUGGCCUGUGCUCCCAGACCUUCAGAGAGUGGAAGCAGUGGCACAGCGAGCUCUACUCAGACAUCUGCCAGCUCAGCCCCGGCACCAACGGCCAGGAUGACCUCUCCCCACUGGCCGCACCUCUCAUGACCCACACACAUUCCUUCAUUGAGACGCACGUGUGA